CCCAAAGCCCGGACCAUCAGCCCCCUCCACCUCCCCUGGAUCCGAUUCAGCAGACUCGCCACCUGUUUUCGUCCCCGCAGCCUUCUCCUGAGGUUUUGUCCCCACAGCCCACACUCUUCCCAUUUCUCGCGUCUCCUCCUCAGAGCAGAAGCCCGAGCCGCCACGCCUCUCGAUCCGCGAACCUCCCCCCUCAAAGCCCCCCCGCGGAUCUGCUGGUUUCGGGAGGCGUCCCGGCGGGCGCGUAGGGUCGGGGCCUCGGGCUGUUUCGGGAGAGGAGGGGAGGCGCAUGAGGAUUCGCGAGCUGGGGGACGGCGACGGGAGGCCGGUGGAGGGGGAGGAGCAGGAGGAGGCCUGCGCCGGUGGCGGGGGCGGAGAGGUCGUGCGGCUGAGGGCCAAGCGCGCGCUCGUCGGCGCCGGGGCCAGGGUGCUCUUCUACCCGACGCUCCUCUACAACGUCCUGCGCAACCAAUUCGAGGCCGAGUUCCGGUGGUGGGACCGCGUCGACCAGUGUAUUUUGCUAGGAGCCGUUCCUUUCCCAAGUGAUGUUCCACGUUUGAAGCAACUUGGAGUUCAGGGAGUUGUAACAUUGAAUGAGCCUUAUGAGACUCUGGUGCCAAUGUCCUUGUACCAGGCCCAUGGGAUUGAUCACCUUGUGAUUGCCACAAGAGACUACCUCUUCGCACCAUCCCUCGAAGAUAUUUGUCAAGCCAUCGAUUUUAUCCACCGUAAUGCUUCACACGGUGGUACUACUUAUGUUCACUGUAAAGCUGGAAGAGGACGAAGCACCACUAUUGUUUUGUGCUAUUUGAUCAAAUAUAGGAACAUGACUCCUGAAGCAGCUUUGGAUCAUGUACGAUCCAUUAGGCCCCGAGUGCUUUUGGCACCAUCACAGUGGCAGGCUGUUAUCGUAUUUAGCACUCUCACCACUGGACGUCUUCCAGUACAGAGUACGAAUCGAAACUGUUAUCUAGAAGGCACCAAAGCCUCCAUCCCUGACAGAGAUAUCGAGGACUGCACUAUGGAGUUUGAUUACGAUGACAGCGGUUUACCUCUUUGUCAAGUUAUGGUACCGAGGCCAAGCAGUCCAACUGGAUGUGUCGAUGCAGUUUUCAUAACAGAAGCAGAUCUGGAGGGCUACGAUGCAUACAUUGAUACUGGGAAGGAUGUUGUGUCAUUUGAAGUAGUAGCCAGUCGCAAGCCCAUCAUGAGGAGACUAUCAUGCCUCUUUGGAUCGUUGAAAGUUACCAGCAACUGUGAACCAGCCCCAAGCAGGUUUACUGAGGUUCGUGCCUGCUAGGUAGGCCUGAUACUAGCUUUACCCAAUUUUCUCCAUGUUGUGAGUCUGAGAUACAUGAUACUCCAUUAGUAGAUAGGCAGGCAGUCAGCCAGUCAGGCAUCGUGGAAACAUGGAGGUUUCUACAGCCAAGGCAAACGCCACCGGGAAGAAGCUUUGUGUGCAUAGGGAGUUAAGAGAGUUUAGAGUUGUGAAUGUGCCGAUUGCCUUUUUUUCAGUCGAAAACAUGUGGUUUGAUUUCACCAUUGUUCUUUUUGGAAUAAAAAAAUUAUCAUGUUCGGUCAGUA